UUUUUUGGGACAUUCCAGUUGCCAACUCAUUUUACUAUUCAAAAUUCUGCAAAAGCGGGUGCGUCAAUUAUAAUUUGCAAACGUGUAAUUUUUGGCAAAACAUUCUAGUGCACUAAAACUGUUCAAAUUUUCGUUCGCUAAGAAAGUCAAACAAGUGGAAAAAAAAUGGAAAUUGUCGUCAACAGCCCCAAGGUGAAAUACUCCGACAAUUACAUCGAAGCGAAUUACGACUAUUUAUACACCAAAGCCGAGAAAAAGGGGAACAAAAUCGAGGUCACCCCCCUUACCGAACAUCUGGUGAUCCGGACCCAGAGCAAGGUGCCCCGUGUGGGGGUGAUGCUGGUUGGUUGGGGUGGCAAUAACGGGAGUACUUUCACGGCGGCCGUUUUGGCCAACAAGGAGGGGCUGUCUUGGCAGACCAAAAAGGGGGUCCAGAAAGCCAACUGGUAUGGGUCUAUUACCCAAGCUAGUACGGUUACAUUGGGCGAUGUUCAUGUACCAUUGGGUAAAUUGCUACCAACGGUGCAUCCCGAUGAUUUGGUGAUUGAUGGGUGGGAUAUCAGUUCGGCCAAUUUGGCCGAAUCGAUGGAAAGGGCACAAGUUUUAGAACCGGGACUUCAACAACAGCUCAAGGCCCAAAUGGCGGCUUUGAAGCCAAGACCCUCCAUCUACGAUAAGGAUUUCAUUGCAGCAAAUCAGGCGUCUCGCGCCGACAACAUCAUCAAAGGAACUAAACUCGAACAGGUGCAGAAAAUCUGCCAAGACAUCGAGAAUUUCAAGAAAAAAACAAACGUUGAUAAGGUCAUAAUUUUAUGGACGGCAAACACUGAACGUUUCACUGAAGUUUUAGAAGGCAUUAACGACACUUAUGCUAAUCUAAAACUGGCAAUUUCCUCAAACCAUCCAGAAAUCGCCCCAUCGACUCUCUUCGCUUACGCUGCGAUUUCUAUGCACUGCAUUUACAUCAACGGCUCCCCACAGAACACUUUCGUACCAGGAAUCAUCGAAAUGGCGGAAAAAAACAACGUUUUUAUCUCGGGAGACGAUUUCAAGUCGGGACAGACGAAAAUCAAGAGUGUUUUGGUCGAUUUUCUGGUCAGUGCUGGGAUUAAACCCACGAGUAUUGUAAGUUAUAAUCAUUUAGGGAACAAUGAUGGGAAGAAUCUGUCGGCACCGAAACAAUUUCGUUCUAAGGAGAUCUCGAAAAGUAACGUCGUUGACGAUAUGGUCAAUUCCAAUGACAUUCUAUACAAACCGGGGGAAAAACCGGAUCACGUGGUUGUCAUAAAAUAUGUUCCUUAUGUCGGCGACUCGAAGCGUGCUAUGGACGAGUACACUUCCGAGAUAAUGAUGGGUGGGACCAAUACCAUCGUGGUCCAUAACACUUGCGAGGAUUCGCUUUUGGCCACCCCUAUUAUCCUAGAUCUGAUCAUUUUAGCCGAGCUGUGCUCGAGGAUCCAUCUCAAGAGACAAGGCGAAGGUGACCGAGAGUACGUGGGGUUCCAUUGUGUUUUGUCGCUUUUGAGUUACCUCUGCAAGGCCCCUUUGGUGCCCCACAACACUCCCGUCGUCAAUGCUCUUUUCAGACAAAGAGCUUGUAUUGAGAACGUGAUGAAAGCUUGUUUGGGCUUGCCACCGGAUUCGAACAUGUUGCUUGAGCACAAAGUGCCAUUCUUAAUGAAAGAUGAAGCGAGCAAUGAGCCCUAUAAAAAAAAGAUUAAAAUUCAGAAUGGGGGACAUUAAAUUUUGUUUCGUUUGUUGUCCUUUUUCCUUCAGUUUAAUUUGAACAUAUCCUGUCCUGGCUGGUUGAAAUGUUGAUGUUUAUUGAUGUUUUCCUCGAUGUGGUGGUUCAAAUCAUUCUGAGCGUGGGGACGGAACAUAAUUUUGUUCAUUGUGAUAAUGAAAGUAUUUUACUUUUGUACCUUUCACAGUAAUAAAGUUUAUUGCUUGAAA